AAUGUGUUCUUAACAGACUUGCCUAGUUAAAUAAAGAUAAAAAAUAAUAACAUUCGGCCACAAUCGGUGUCCAAAAAUGCCGAUUACCGAUUGUUAUGAAAACUUGAAAUCGGCCAUCCCGAUUAAUCGGUCGACCUCUAGUUGAUUGCCAUGUGUGAUGGGAUCUGUGUAGUGAGUUGAGGGGAUUUCCCACACAAAGCUCAGUCUGUGUGUAACCAUCUCAGCUAGAGUCUCGUAUUACUUCCUGAGGAGAUUAGCCCACUGCUUCACUAUCUCACUAGCUGUGACCCAUGAGUCAUGCACCAAGUCCGUCUGGACUUUUAUGUCAAGGAGAGGCUCAGCAGAUAGGACCACCGGCAAUUAACACUGACCGUAAACGUUCUGCAUUUCACAUUUUCUAACAGUUUGCCUCAUUGACAUUAAAAGAAUCAAAACUCUGUAGAUCUAUGGCUAAGUACACACACACAUCACACAGACACAGACUCACACACCACAGAGACACACACACCACACAGAUACACAAGGGGGGUCAGGAGACAACAGCUGUGUGAGACUAGAGGUAAAUGUCAGGGGUCCAGAUCACCUGGUGUCUUCUGAGUGUCUAGAACAGAGCUGGUAAAAGGGAAGACUGGGAGAGAAAUCCACAAGCCCCUCCCUUCUUUCUCCCUCUCGCCCCUCUUCACACCCCCCUUCCCCCUCCCUUCCUCUGUCUCUCUCUCUCUUUCUCUCUUUCCCCCUCCCUCCCUCCGUCUCUCUCUCUCUCCCCCUCAGUCUCUCUCUCUCUCUUUUCCCCUCCGUCUCGCUCUCUCUCUCUUUCCCCCUCCCUCCCUUCCUCCUCUCUCUCUUUCCACCUCCCUUCCUCCGUCUCUCUUUCUCUCUCCCUCUCUCCGUCUCUCUGUGUCUGUCUAUUUCUCUCUCUGAGUCGUUUGUUUACGCUCUUUCAGUACCUGGGAGAGAGGGAUCAUUGGGAGGUGUAAUCUGAAACUGAGCCCAGUCUGGCUGAAUGUGUAUAUGGAGACAGAGGGGAGGGAUGGGGGUGCGGGGAGUGUGUGUGUGUGCCGCCCAGUGACGGAGCGGAGCGUUCAGUGAACGGCUGAAGUCUCAGCACUCAGGCUGUGGAGGAAUGGAUGGCUGCCGCUCACACGACCGCUUAUUCUGAGAGUGUGUGUGUGUCUGUUUGGGAGUGUGUGUGUGUGUGUUCUCCCGGGGGAGAGGGGGGACAGGAUGGCCCUCAACCCAGUGUCCCUGCUCUGCCAUGACAUCACCAGAAUGUGGCUGCAACUCAACUUGAUAACAGAUGACAUCAUGCAGCAGGAGAGUGAUCGUCUGUUUGCUGCAGACAUCGAUCCUGACCUCAGGAAACGGUUUGCUUUCCUCUCAGGGGGCCGAGCUGAGAACGGCAGUCCCAUCAUCGUGUUCCCAGAAUUCCCUGCUUUUGGCGAGCUCCAGGAGGAAGAGUUCCACAACGUGCUGACCUACCUGACCAGUGUGCCCAGUGUGACAGCGUCUGGAGUGGGCUUCAUCCUGGUCAUCGACCGCCGCCAGGACAGAUGGACCGCCGUCAAGGGGACCCUGCUACGCAUUGCAGGCUCAUUCCCAGUGCAUUUACAGCUGGUUCUGGUCUUGCGGCCCUCCACCUUAUUCCAGCGGACGCUCUCCGACAUCUUCUUCAAGUUCAACAGGGAUGAGUUCAAGAUGAAGGUGCCGGUGGUGAUGCUGAGCUCUGUGACUGAGCUCCAUGCCUACAUCGACCGGACUCAGCUGCCCCAGGAGCUGGGAGGAACCCAGGAUUACUGCCAUGAUACCUGGAUCUCACACCGCACCGCUAUCGAGGCCUUUGCUCUGAUGGUGAAGACCACGGCUCAGACCCUGCAGUCGUUUGGGACGGAGCUGGCCGAGACCGAGCUACCCAACGACGCCCAGGCCACGUCCAACCUGCUGGCCACACACACCGAGAAGAAGGGACAGAUGAAGGAGGACCUGUGUGUGGCACUGGGCCAGGGAGGCCGGCUCCUGGAGAGCAUCAACGAGCCCCUGCAGAGAGAACCCGACUAUAAAAUGAACCAGGACGAGCUGGAGAACCUGGCCACCGUGCAGAGACUGCUGGGCCAGCUGGAUGAGACAGAGACGGCGUUUGAUGAUUUCUGGGAGAGACACCAGACCAAGCUGGAACAGUGUCUGCAGCUCCGCCAUUUUGAAUACUACUUCCGUGAGGUGCGUGCCCAGCUGGAUGUGGUGUCAGAGCGGAUAGAGGCAUUCUCGGAGGUUGGCAUCAGUCCUGCCCAUGCAGAACACAUCCUACGAGAACUCAACAGCCAGGAGGAGAAAGCCUGUGAUGUGUUAGACUGGGCUCUGUCCCUGGCCACUGAGGGGGAUGGGCUGAUUGAGAGUGCUCACUAUGCUGAGGACUCCAUCCUGCCAAAGUGCAGUGAGCUGAGGGCCGUGUGUGAUGAGGUCACCUCCUUCCUCAAGACCAAGAAGGUCCUCCUCCUGAGGGCCAUGGAACUGCACCACUGUCUGGAGAAGGCAUCGAGGUGGUGUGAGGAAGGGAUCUACCUCCUUGCCUCCCAGCCGGUAGAUAGAUGUCAGUCUCAGGACGGGGCGGAGGCCGCGCUGCAGGAGCUGGAGAAGUACCUGGACACGGCCGCCCAACACCAGAUCACCGACCUCAAGGCCAUCUGGAGGGACUAUGACUCCAUCCUCAACCCAGAGCUCAGGGAGCAGGUGGAGAAGGUGUUUCAAAAGCAGGUGUCCAUGCAGGAGAUGUUUGAGAAGAGGAGGGUCAGUCUGAAGAAGCUGGCAGCCAAACAGACACGGCCCGUUCAGCCAGUGGCUCCCAGGCCUGAAGCCAUCAUCAAGUUCCCCAUGUCCCCUCCUGCUCACAGGAGUCAAGAGUCAAGGAAUGCAGAGGACAACAUCUUGAACGUAGAAAACUGCAGAAUAGUGGAGGUCCAGGUGCAGAACGGCGGCAGCAGACACGGCUCUCUGUCUGAGGAGGAGGAGAACCUGGCUGUGCUCCGACGACAUGUAAUGAACGAGCUGUUGGAGACUGAGAGGGCGUACGUAGAGGAGCUUCUCUGUGUACUGCAGGGUUAUGCUGCAGAGAUGGACAACCCAGCCAUGGCUCACCUCCUCCCUAGUGCUCUGCUCAACAGGAAGGAUGUCCUGUUUGGCAACAUGCCAGAGAUCUACCAGUUUCACAAGAGGACAUUCCUCAGGGAGCUGGAGACCUACACAGACGUCCCUGAGCUGGUGGGACGCUGUUUCCUGGAGAGGAUGGGCGACCUGCAGAUCUAUGAGAAGUACUGUCAGAACAAACCUCGAUCCGAGAGCUUGUGGAGACAGUGCUCCGACUGCGCCUUCUUCCAGGAGUGCCAGAGAAAGUUGGAACACAAACUGGGGUUGGACUCGUACCUCCUCAAGCCAGUCCAGAGGAUAACCAAAUACCAGCUGAUACUGAAGGAGUUACUGAAGUACAGUAAGGGCUGUGAGGGUUCAGAGGACCUGCAGGAGGCGCUGUCCUCCAUCCUGGGGAUCCUGAAGGCCGUCAACGACUCCAUGCACCUCAUCGCCAUCACAGGAUAUGAGGGGAGCCUGACGGACUUGGGCAGGCUGCUGAUGCAGGGGUCGUUCAGUGUGUGGACAGAACACAAGAAAGGUCACGCUAAGGUCAAGGACCUGGCCCGCUUCAAGCCCAUGCAGAGACACCUGUUCCUGCAUGAAAAAGCCCUGCUCUUCUGUAAGAGACGGGAGGAGAGCGGGGAAGGUUACGAGAAAGCCCCGUCCUACAGCUUUAAACACUCCCUCAACAUGAGUGUGGUGGGCAUCACGGAGAGCGCCAAGGGUGACAACAAGAAGUUUGAGAUCUGGUGUAAUUCCAGAGAGGAGGUGUUUAUCGUCCAGGCUGCGACACCUGAGAUCAAAACAUCUUGGUUGAACGAGAUCAGGAAGGUUCUGACUGGCCAGCUGAAGGCUUGCAGGGAAUCUAGUCAAAAGAAGGCGUCAGACACAAUGUCUCCCAGUCCAACCAGCAACAGCCCACCUAUCUGUCUCAGUCCAUUUAGGAACUGUCAGAAGAGCGUGAAGAAGGGAGAAGAGAAGAAGACAGACGCUGUCAUCUCUGACCCCAACUCCCCCUCCUCCCCAAAACACAAAGAGGAGACCGUCACCAGUCCCACCACUGACAGGGCAUCAGUGGCUAAAAAGCGUUUUACCCUUCAAGGCUUCAGCAAUCUGAAGAGUCAGAAAGAAUUUCUUCACCCUGCUGGUAAAAGUCUAACAUUACCAAUGGUAUUCUCUCAACCAGGAUCCCUCCUUAGCCCUGACCAUAAGGCCAAAAGCCACGAGAUUAAGAGUGACCCAACUCCCUUUGGGUGUAAAGAGCCUGGUCAGACUCCUCACAUCACUCUGAGCAGGGCCAAGUGGCUCAGCACCUCUAGUCUCUUACAGGCCAAAAGGAGAGGUUGGAACAAGGCCUCUUUCUCCAUGGAUGUGCCAGAAGUGCAGGAUGGGUACUCCAGCGCCGAGGACCCCAUGAACUCUGACCCUGAGGAUGAGGGAGGCAGGAAGCUGGCUGUCGGCGACAGGUUCACAGUGGCGGCGGACUAUGAGAAGGAGAAAGGAGGGCCUCAGGACCUGUCAGUGAAGAGUGGAGACAUGGUGCAGCUCAUUAAAGAGGGAGAUGAUGGACAGUGGUUUGUUAGAAACUUGGGGAGCAACAAAGAUGGCUGGGUAGCAGCAGCCAACCUUCUCACCCUCAUCACAGAGUCCAAGUCCUCACAGUCCCUCUGCAGCUCAGAGGGCAGUGUAACUGGCAACCUCAGCACCUCCUCCAGCUGCAGUGAAACCUACACAAGUUUCUCUGACAUCAAGCCCUAAAGUCCCACCCCCUCUAAGCCCUGAGACACAGCUACAGCGCCACCCAGUGGUUGGCUGUGCAAACGACACGUGCACUUUUCCCCUCUACUACUGUUCAAAUCAAAUCAAAUUGUAUUUAUCACAUGCGCCGAAUACAACUGGUGUAGCCUUUACAGUGAAAUGCUUGUACACGUUAGUUUUCAUUACAGUCCAUAGAUACUUCACUCUCAUACUGAAGUGGAGGCUGCCUGGAAUGUAGCCGAAAGCAGUCUAAUAGCUGCUUAUCUGUCAAUAUGAAGGGAAGGUAAUGAAGGACUGCUUUCCUCUGGACAUACUCUACUCUCAGGGAUAAGAGGUAGUGUCCUAGUCUUUUACUGUGAUUGAGGGCUAGCACACAUUGAGAACAGGAAGUUCAGGCCUUUCCCCUACCUGUUUGACAGAGAUGAACAAGGAAGGACACACCCGCUCCAUUCACACACACAGGCAGGCUUUGUUAGCCUAGCGCGGUCCCGCUCCUCCCACUCCAACAAGGUGACAGUGAUAUGGAGCCAGGAGCUCCUCUACUGAACGCAACACUUCAACAGACAAACAAACAGACGCCUCAGUCUCUCUCCUGUGGACUCUGGUAACCAGUUGUGUCAUAAUGUUUCUCUGUGUCAGGCAGUCAACCUCCUCAGUAUGUCCUCAGUCCUCUCCUGAGUGACUUUAAAAAUAGAUGAUGGAUUUAUAUUUUAUAUGUUUCUACUGGAUCCCCCAAGACAAACUAAACUGUAAAAGUGUCGAGACAAUCACAUUCUAGCAAGAAUGCAAAUUAGAAUGGAAUUGUCAUGAAUUACAUUUUGAGUUUGGUCAACUGUGUAUAUCUAUGGCUUUGUCCAGAGGCCCUCCAGUCCCUCUCCCUCCCUGUUUCUCCUUCCUCCACCUGUGCUGUCUGGGCUAUUAGUGAACUCUUGGCUUUGUUCCCAGUGGUCUGAGAGAGCUGGGCUUUAAACUACCAGGUGUUCCCUUUAGGCAGGGGCGAUAUUACAGGACGGUCAGAUAUCAUAGAUACUUCAACAAUAACAGUGCUCAGGAUGUUCUUCUGAAUAAUUUUCUCUUGGCUCAAAGUCCAAUCCUAUACACUACACAGAAAUCUGAAGAUUGAGAUUCCCAUAAAAAGAUUCAUGUCAGGUCAGUUGGUGUUGAAAUAACUGUGUACUGUACCAGAGAGUAUAAACUUAAAAGGAAAUAUUUGUGUGCUUAAUCAACGUGUAUCAAGUUCAUUUAUUUGAGAAAGAUUUGUACAGAUAUUAUUAUCCUAUACCUCGUAUUUUUCAUUUAAUGUGUAUGUUGUGUAUGAAGACCAUGGAUAUGUUUUCGUGGGUCUAAGUAUAUCAAAGAUAUUUUAUUAAUUGGUUGGCGGAGCAUGUUUCCAUGGUAAUUUCUCAACUCCUGAGACGAUAUAUAUUAAUAGAAAUGUCAUCCUUUUGCUCAUUUGAGAAUGCAGUCUGUACACUGAAAACCGAAGAUGGGAUAUAACUAUACGUCGUGUGCUGAAAGAAUGAUGGUUGUCUCAAAUUUCAGCACGCGCAAUAGGUUAGGUUUUAAACUGUUCUGGUUAUAACCGUUUUAGUUAUAACUGUUUUUAUAACUUAUUGUUCUACUGUAUAUCUUUUUCGAUUUGCACCCAGUGAGAUUACAAUGUUGUUCCUGUGUGUCACAUUGUUAUGCAGCACAUUGCCGCAUUAUUUUGUUCUUUAUUUUCCUACGGUAACAAGUAUUGAUACAGAUGUUAUAUAAUUAAUGAUAUGCAUUCAUAUCUGUGUAUAUGUGUAAAUAUGUAUCUCUGAGGUGUAUUAUUAAAGUCGCUGAACAAAGUCAAA